CUCCUCUUCCUCCUCCUCGAGCUGUCAGCAGUUACGCGGUUCAAACUUGGCCGUCGCACUCAGCGGACCCCGCGGCCGCCGUCUUUUUCGCCUCACUUUCUUUUCGAGUUUUUAAAGGAAACCCAGUUUUUUUAGUAAUGUGUUAGCGUGUGCCCCGCGUCCAGAGGAAUAUCCGUGUUUACGCCUGAAGUUGAGGAGCGGCAGCAGCGGCGGGGGGAAAUGUCCAGCUGAGGAGUGGAAAUCCUGAAAACUGCAGGGCCUGUUCUGUAAUGAUUGAUCAAUGCUCCGAUAAUGGCGCAAAAGGCAAAGGUUUUAUAUGACUUCAGUGCUGAGCCUGGAAACAAUGAGUUGUCGGUGAAAGAAGGCGAGACGAUUACGAUCACCAAUCCGAAUAUUGGAGGGGGCUGGAUUGAAGCACAGAACUCCAGAGGGGACGUUGGACUGGUGCCCGAGGACUACAUCGAGCUUGGUAAUCAGGCACCUGUUUUCCAAGGAGGUGGAAGCAUUGCACCCACUCCGAGUGGAGGAAACGCUGCGUCUUCCGACCUGUUUGUGUUCGACGCGUUCGCCCCGACAGCAGCGCCUGCAGAAACCCAGGUGAAUGCUGGGGGCUUGGCUCCCCAGCCGGAGAGCCCUGACUCCCCCGUUUCCCCCCACCUUCCGUCCCCCGAUGAGGCCAGCAAUGGUAACGAUCCCUGGUCAUCGUGGAACACCGACCCCUCCGGCGGCUCCAACAACAACUGGGCGUCUAAUCCGGAAGGCACCCAGACCGGAAGGGGUGCCGCUGACCCCUGGGGCUCACAUGGCCACCCUCAGGCCUACCAAGGCCCCGGGGCAGAGGAUGACGAGUGGGACGACGAAUGGGAUGAUAUGAAAUCCACCAGUGGCUACCCUGAAUCAGAAUCGGGAGACAGCGGAGCGAUACAGAGAGGAGGCCAUGCAUCGUCGAUGAAAAUCUCCCUCAACAAGUUCCCGGGUUUCUCCAAGUCUGGUCCAGAGCUCUACCUCCUGACCAAGCAGCCCAUCAAGAGCAAAGACAGGCUACCGAUUUAUAUGGGGGAGGUUGGUCCUGUGUGGUCUUACCCAACUACCCAGCUGGAUUGCGUUGUAGCGGACCCAAAGAAAGGCUCAAAGAUGUACGGCCUGAAGAGCUACAUCGAGUACCAGGUUACACCCAACACCACAAACCGGCCCGUCAAUCACAGAUACAAGCACUUCGACUGGCUGUAUGAGAGACUCCUGGACAAAUACAGAUCGGCCAUCCCCAUCCCUUCUUUACCUGACAAGCAGGUGACAGGCCGGUUCGAGGAAGAGUUCAUCAAGAUGCGCAUGGAGCGCUUGCAAGGUUGGAUGACCAGGAUGUGCCGACACCCUGUAAUUUCCAACAGCGAAGUGUUUCAGCUUUUCCUAUCCUACAAGGAUGAGAGGGACUGGAAGACGGGGAAAAGAAAAGCAGAGAAGGAUGAAACGGUGGGAAUGAUGAUCUUCUCCACGAUAGAGCCCGAAGGUCCAGACCUGGAUCCUCUAGAAGUGGAGCAGAAAUGCGAGCAGUUCAGCAGGUUUACCAAAGCCAUGGACGACGGGGUGAAGGAGAUCCUCACAGUGGGAAACGAGCACUGGAAGAGAUGCACAGGCCCUCUGCCUAAAGAGUACCAGAGAAUCGGCAAAGCUUUCCAAAACCUUUCCUCUGUCUUCACCAGCAGCGGGUACCAAGGAGAGUCGACCCUGACUGACGCCAUGACGGCGGCGGGGAAGACGUACGAGGAGAUUGCUCUGAUGGUUGCAGAGCAGCCCAAGAAAGACCUCCAUUUCGUUAUGGAGACCAACAAUGAAUAUAAGGGUCUCCUGGGAUGCUUUCCUGACACAAUCGGAUUCCAUAAGGCGGCCAUAGACAAAGUGAAGGAAGGUGACCAGCUGGUGGCCACCAGUAAAAUUACCCCUCAGGACAAAACCAUGAUGGCCAAACGGGUCAGCGUCAUGUCCUACGCUUUACAAGCUGAGAUGAAUCACUUCCACAGCAAUCGUAUCUAUGACUACAACAGGGUCAUGCAGUUGUACCUGGAGGAGCAAGUCAAGUUUUACGAGACGAUUGCUGCAAAACUGAGGCAGGCACACAGUCAGUUCACUACAAUGUGAAAGCAGUCGCACUACAAGACGAGAAGAGUUGAACCAGUUCAACGUCCACAAACCUUUUUUUUUUGCUUAUUUUGCAUUCUUUUCCCUCCCUUUAAUUUAAAUUUCACUUCUCUGUUACUCUCACUCUUGCCUCAUCGCUGCGUUUCCUUCUGGUGCAGCCAGUCCCAGCUUGUGGAGUUGCUCGCCAUUCGUCGCUCUCAUAAGGUUACGAACAGGUAAUGAGCAUAUGCACCAGUAGAAAGGUUUUUUUUUUUUUUCUAAGAGCAGCAGUGUCGGCAUGCCAUUAUCGUAAGCCGUCUCUGGUCAAGGUCCGCGACUCGAAACGCAGACAACAACCAAGUUGUGGCUCCGAUGGUUGUGAGUUAUUUCAGUGCAUGAGUUAAACUCCAGCAUUUCUCUGAUGUGCUGCCAUUUUUGAACAGGCUUCGGUGCAAUUCCUGUCCAGUAAUACUUUGCAGUUUUUCUUUUUUUCAAGUUACAAAGAAAUCGAUCCACAAACGUGACAAAACUAUUGUCACUGCAGAGAUGCAGCAAAUCACUAACACCAGAAACCAAAGUCAGUGGCCUUGCUUUUAACGAGGACGGCCAGUCAGUUGAAUUUUAAACGUAGCCUAAACAUCCUAACCAAGCUUCACUCUGUAUUUCUCAUUUAAAACCACGUUGAUUUGAGUAUUUCUGUUUGAACAAAUUAUGAGAAUUUUUCCGCUCUGAGCCGAGGUGCAGACCUUGAAGAAUCCGAGUGUUGGAAGAGUUGGCAAAUACAGAGUGUGUAUCCUCUGUAUGUCCACUGCUGGCAGUGCUGACCCCCCCCCCCCCCUGCAUUUCCUCAAAAGCUAACAGGAAGCUCCACCUUCAUCCCGCGUUUCCCCUUUGAGAAAAAAUAGAAAGGUGUCACUUCAGUGCAGCGUAUCACAUUUCAUUAGGCAAAAAUUUAGGAGAUCAAUCUGCUUUCCUCUGUAAGGCUAAAACUCUGUGAGUCUGUAAUCUCUCUGCCAAAACUAUCUCUGUCCCUUCUUGGACUCCUGGAGAAUAUGUGUCCUUGUCUGGUGUUUGAUAUGAAGAAGUAAUAGCAGCAUUAAUCGUAACGAAUUUGUACUAUGAGAAGAGUUUGUGAGUACGGCCUGGGCUAUGUCAUGUAUGACGUUAUAUAUAUAUUUUUUUCUUUUUUUUUUUUUGCUUUUCACUGCCCGAGUUUCAAUCAAGCGUUAAUCUCUUUCACUCUUUGUCGGUCACUCUUGAUCUGUUGCUGCAUUAUGUACGUAUGUGUUGGACCUAACAGGUGCUUCUUGUCAUGGAGAUACUAUAUGUAUAGAAGUAUUUGCAAUACAUUUUCACUCAAAAGAGCAAAAA